UGGAGAAGAAAAAAAAAUGCUAGAAGUCAAUAUGGUGGACGUUCAUUAGAUAAGUAUUUGUUGAAAACGUUGAAAAAUAAGAGAUGUGAAAAAAAUUCUUGCUUUUGGAUUUAAAAGUGAUAAUGGGGAAUAAAAGUAUAUUAAUUGUGGAGGUAUAAUUUUAUACCGACAUUUAUUACGGUUAAGAAACGAGAAAAGUGAAAAGAUAAAAAAAAUGAGGCUAGGAGAGACGACGUAGAUAAAUACCUCUUGAAAAAGAAAAAUAAUUUUCUUCCCAAUUGUUUGGAAUUAAAGAAUUUUGAAGAGAAGUAAAAAAUUGUGUCCAAAUAUUUUUCUCUCUCUAAUCAGAUUUGUUAAAUGUUGAAUUUGACAUUUGAUAAAAUCGAUAUCUCAUCAUCGUCGUCGUCGUCGUCAUCAUCGAAUUUAUUUUCCUCGCCCAUAUCAACAUUUCUCGUUAAAGUCAACGUUAUGUCAGGAGAUCAUCAAUCUGUCAUUAAAUAUCCAUCGGAAUAUGUUAAACUUAAUAUUGGUGGGUCAUUGCAUUACACUACAAUUGGCACCCUUAGAAAACAUGAUACAAUGUUACGAGCAAUGUUUAGUGGUCGAAUGGAAGUUCUUACCGAUUCGGAAGGUUGGAUAUUAAUUGAUCGUUGUGGAAAGCAUUUUGGCACAAUUUUGAAUUUUCUGAGGGAUGGUUCAGUGCCUUUACCGGAAAGUGCAAAGGAAAUGGCUGAACUUUUAGCUGAGGCAAAGUAUUAUUGUAUAAGCGAACUGGCUGAGUCUUGUGAACAGGCGCUUCAGAAAAAGGAGCGCGAAACGGAGCCAAUAUGCCGUGUCCCUUUAAUUACCUCACAACGAGAAGAACAAUUGCUUAUUAGUAAUACAACAAAACCAGUUGUUAAAUUACUUGUAAAUAGACACAAUAACAAAUAUUCCUACACAAGUACAUCGGAUGAUAAUUUACUGAAAAAUAUAGAACUAUUUGACAAAAUGAGUCUUCGAUUUAGUGGUCGUGUACUAUUCAUAAAAGAUGUAAUUGGUUCGAGUGAAAUUUGCUGUUGGACGUUUUAUGGACACGGGCGUAAAGUCGCUGAAGUUUGUUGCCAUUCUAUCGUCUAUGCGACUGAUAAGAAACAUACAAAGGUUGAGUUUCCAGAGGCGCGAAUUUACGAGGAAACUUUAAAUAUUUUGCUCUAUGAGCAUCGAAAUGGACCAGAUCAGGAAUUAAUGCAAGCGACAUCGUCGAGGGGUGCUGUUCAAGGUGGUGCACCGCCUUGCACGUCAGACGAAGAAGAGGGCGAGCGCACAGGUCUGGCGCGACUUCGUUCCAAUAAACAAAACACCAACUGACCCAUCCGCACGUUUCUACCCCCAUCGCAAUUAGCAAUUCGUAGUGGUUGGGGCGUUGUUCGCACAUUAAAAACACGAGCCAAUUUAAAAUAGUCGCGCGCAAUUUGCCUCUAUUUCACACGUGAAAUUUAAAGCAAAAAAAAAAGAAAAGUAAUUUUUUGCGAGAAUGGACUGCAAAUUCUGAUUUUUUUUCAAGGAAGAAAGAAAGAAAAGAGCACCAAAGAAAAAAAUUAAUUAAAAAAAUCCCAUCAGAAUUUUUCUAGAUUUACACAGAAACACAAACAAUUUACCAAAGGCGUUGAAUGGAAAUUCAAUUCUUUUUUUAAGACUUUAGAAAAAACAAAAUGGAGAAUUUGAAUUUUAUUCACGUUGCAGUUUUUUUUCAGUACGCGGAUUUCACGUGCCAAACAUUCUUUUAAAUAAAGAAAAAAAAGGAAAACAAAAGUGAUACUUUGCCUUAUGCAAAAAAAAAGAAAUUCUAGGUCUCUUUGUGUCAAUUUUUUUCUUUUUUUUUAAUUCUGUAUUUAAAUGAUCCACAAAAAUUGAACGUUCAAAUGGAGGAAAUGUUUUCGUAUUAAAAAAACAAAUUAUUUAUAUUAAAUAAAACAUAUUCAAUUUAAUAUUUACUGUCGUUACGAUUAAUUUUUUUAGAGAAAAAAAAAAAUUCAAAGAGGAAAUGAAUACAUUUCGUUUAUUUGAACUUUCAGAUUUUUAGGAACAUGAAUUUAAAACGAAAUUAAAAUAUUUUCGUAAUUUUCAAAUUCUCGAAAAAAAGAGAGAAAAGAAACUGGAAAUUUAAUUCAUAUUUAAUUAUAAUUAGAAUACUAUUCUUGAAUAAUAGUAAAUUAUUACCAUAGAAAUAAUAAAUUUUUAUUCUUUUCGAAAUGCGCAGUAUUUUCUUUUCUCUUUUUAUUAUUUGUUCGGCAAAGAAAUAAUUUUUAUAUUUAAAUAUCAGAAAUAGUGGAAAAAACUUAAUAUGUUCGGAAAAUUAAUCAAAAAGUAAAAAAAAGUUCUUUAACGGGAUAAUUAAAAGUUCUCUAAAGGGAAAUUUUUUUCUUUUGCCAACAAAAACGGGAAUUUCGAAUAUAUUUUUCUUUCUAAUUAACUUAUUAAUGGCUGUCGACAAGAGGGACCAUAAAUUUAUUGCUUUUUCGCGAAUUAGAGAAAUUUUUUUUUUUUAAAACAUUUCUCCGUAAAAUGAAAAUAAUUUCGCAUUAAAGCAGAACUGGAAAUUGUACAAUCUUUACGUCUUUGUAUGCGUGAAAAUCUGUCUCUUGUGUUAUUUAUUACAAUUUUUUUUUGUUCAUAUUUUUAUAUAUAUAUGAAAAUGUCUAUACUAAUCUCAAAAGAAAAAAAAUGAAAAAGAAAAGAGAAAAAAAAAGAAAACUCGUACAUUAGAGAUUGACUCGAGUCUCUAUAAAUUAAAUGUCAAAAAGUAACUGUACAACUUUUUAAUUUUAAUAAUUUGUAUAUGAAUAUUGUGUAUGUGACUGAUCCAACAACGCACAUUAAAAGAAAGAAAAUCUUUGUGCUCAAAAGCCGAAAAUUAAAAAAGAAAAAAAAAUAAAGUACAUUUUUUCAUUCUAUACAAUUAAA